UGUCGUGGAGAGCGUAUUGCCGGCCGGAGUCCAGCCCGCAGCAGGUGUGACUUCUUCCUCCCCAUGUCGGGCCGAGGAAAAUCCGGCGGCAAAGCCCGGGCCAAGGCCAAGUCCCGCUCCUCCCGGGCCGGGCUCCAGUUCCGCGUAGGCCGAGUCCACCGGCUGCUGCGGAAGGGCAACUACGCGGAGCGGGUGGGUGCCGGGGCCCCGGUGUACCUGGCCGCGGAGUACCUGUCCGCCGAGAUCCUGGAACUGGCCGGCAACGCCGCCCGGGACAACAAGAAGACCCGCAUCAUCCCCCGGCACCUGCAGCUGGCCAUCCACAACGACGAGGAGCUGAACAAGCUGCUGGGAGGGGUGACCAUCGCCCAGGCCGUGCUGCUCCCCAAGAAGACCCACAGCUCCCAAAAAUGA